AUGUCUUUCCCACCUCCUGCAGGUCAACAGACACAGCUUCCUCCUCGUCCCCCUGCAUCCCAAAAUGGUGCACAUUCAUCUGCCUACCGUGGAAAUACGCCAUACGGUCGUGGAAAUGCGCCCGGCUUCGUUCAUCCCGCAGCCCACAGCCACCACGCCCUACCCAUAGGACCUCAACGACCUAUAGGACCAUCUCAGCCAUAUCCCGCUUUUAACCAACCCAACUUUAACCAGCCAGGUUCUGCCGGAUAUGCCGCCUAUGUGGCCCCAACGAUUAACUCCUACCCAGGAGCACCCUCCUACGGUGAGAAGCCCGCGGUCACUUAUGGACCGGUGAACCCUUACGGACCGGCUGCUCCUCUCAGACCAACCGUCCAUCAGACCCUGAUCGGCCCCGUGCCACCCACAUCACUAGCUCCAACCGAUAGAGAAACUGAAGCGCUCGAAAUUGCUCAGUGGCAAUCUGCGUAUUCAGAGGAUCCGCCCGAAAAACCUGUCACCCCACCUCGCGUGGAAACCAGACACAAUAAACGUUCUCUCAUAGCUGUAAAGCGAACGGGUGGUGGCAAGAAUUGGAUCGACGAGACACUCGUCGAAUGGGAUCCCGCCCAUUUCCGACUUUUCGUGGGCAACCUCUCAGGCGAAGUAACCGACGAAAUGCUUCACAAGUCCUUUUCACAGUAUCCAACGCUCGUGAAGGCACGUGUAGUUCGAGAGAAACGCACUACGCAAAGCAAGGAGUACGGUUUCGUGAGCUUCAGUGACGCAGAUGACUACUUUCGAGCCUUUAACGAGAUGCAGAAGAAGUACAUUGGUAAUCAUCCAAUUACCUUGCGUAAAGCUAAAGCCGAUGUGAAGCCGGUUCGUGUCUGGGCAAAUUACAAGGGCAAGGAUGAGAGAUAUGCAGGCAAUGUACAAAACGCAGCAAAUAUUGCCGAAAAAGAGGCCAGAGUCAAAGCCAGAGCUCAAGCUCAAGCUCAAGCUCAAGCCAAGACUGACCGGACACCAAUGCCACUGGUGGUGCCCAAAGUGAAACAUGAUGGUGUGAAGAAGUCUAAAAAGACCAAGAACGGAAUGAAGCUUCUCGGAUAA